CACAGCUUCACAAUAUGAGCAAAAAGGUGGAUGAUCUCGAUCCUUCGGAGCUUGCUGAAUUGACUAAUGUCCUUCACCAAAUAAUUGAAGAACCUAGAGGUCGUGUCAGACUUGAUGAAAAGCAGCUCGUCGUCGUAAAAAAAGCUUACGAUUGCAAAAUAAUCGAGAGAAAACUUGGUAACGCUAUUGCAUUCAACAUCGAGCAGCAAAAGAUCGAAGAGGUGAAACGAGAAAAAGAUCGACAAGCGAAGGAAAGAGAAAAGAAACCUAUCCUUCCCAGUAAUAAAGUCACUCGUGUCACGUUCAAGGAACAGGAUCUUUCGAUUUCAUUCUCCUGCGUCCAAAUUAGUAGCCCAACUACCAGCAAUGGCGGGAACCAACAAAUUGCGAAUAGAUCGAUGCUAAAAGCGAGUCCAAACACUACAAACGUUGAUUAUAUCUCGUUCAUAUCGGAAGAUGGUGGAUAUUUGAUGAUGAGAAAUAAAACGUUUCCUGCGCCGGAUCUACUCAAAAAUGAACCCCUCGGAUAUCCAUUGGGAGUUGCCUACGACGAGAUCCGUAAUGAUUGGCUAAUUUGCGAUCGAAAUAUGAACAAGCUACUGAUUAUGAACGUCGAAAAAGAGGAAAUACACGUAUGCAAGGGUGCCAUUCAAAAUCCAACCGCUGUGAUUGUGUUCAAAGAAGGAGAAAGUGCGGCCAUUCUGUGUUCCGAUAAACCUAAGAACCUUCACAAAAUUGUUAUUUACAACUUCAAGGAUGGAGGCGAUUCGAUGAAUGUGUUCGCAUCAUACGAUGAAAGAAUUUACGAUAUGAAGCAUCAAUUACGCGGUCUUGCAAUUUCGGUUGCCGGAAAUAUUCUUUCUCUCGAAUUGUCAUAUACAUCGAAACGCCUGCGAGUUUUCAAAAAAGACGUUGGAGGACGCGGUUUCGAGCUUUCUGGAGCAGUUUCCCCGAGCUUCAUCGCUAGUUAUCGUUCAACUGUUGCGAUUUCGGAUCUUGGAUGUAAUAAGGUGUUCAUUUGCUGCUUAGACGACACAAAUUGGAAUAAUAUGUCAUUCAAUACUCUUCGAGUUCUCGAAUCGUCACCUGAUCUGCCGAUAGAUCAGCUCGCCAAUGAAACUGGAUUCCGAUUCGUCUCCGGAAUGCAAUUCGACCAAAAUGGCUAUCUUCUCAUUGGAGAUGCAAAAGGUCAUUCGAUCAAGCUGUUCGACACUGACUACAGUUUCCUGCAUCGUAUCUCCAGUGAUUUUCCUCUUCCCUAUAUGUCUUCAUUCCAUGUAAACAGUAAAGGCCAAGUAAUUAUCCUCGAUGUGAACGCGGAACAGAAGCUUCACUGGGUGAAGAUGGAGUCGAUCGACGAAAUUCAGAAAUGGUUGCCACCGAAAGCUGAAAGACGUCCCACGCAAGGAUUUUAUCAAGCAAAUGCUCGUCGAGGUGAAUUCAAACGUUCACAAUUUUGAGUUUUGUCGAUUUUUCUGGAUGUUCUCGUUUGAACCAGCAUUUCAUUUCACUUUCUACCCGACGUUUUUUUUAUAAUUGUUCUCUUUCUGUUCAAUUUUUUUAUUCAAAUAAUUCUUCAACAUUCAUAAACUACCUCCCCCCUAUAAUAAGCUCUCCCUAUUAAAUCAAUAUAAUAUUGACUCAUAAUUUCUUAUCAGUUUUUAUUGAGUCAACAACUCUCAUUUCUAGACACUCUUUCCCCAUGCAUCCAUCGAGGUGAACAUUUGAGUUUCGAUUCUUUUAAUGUUUUUUAUCCAUAACUUUCAGAAAAUCUGCAUUUCCAAAACCUAAAUUUGAGGUCUGGAAAUUUGCAAAGUAUUCCUCUGCUCUACAGAUUUUUCAAAUUGUGAGUUAUUUCAAGUACUUUUUAUCUGUUGUUGUUGAAUAGUUUUAGUUUAGUAAUGAACGUAUUUUUAAUAUAUAUA